AUGAAGCACCUUGAAGCUGUACUUAGCGAUAUGUUCCGAAUCGAGCACCGGUACCACGCGUUAGUGCUCUUGGAUUACAUUUGCAAGCGUUGCCAAUGGAACGGUUGCUCCUUUGGCCAAGAUGAUCUUGACGCUGUACUUAGCGAUAUGUUGGAAAUGGAGCACAAGGGCCAAGCAUUCGGGCUCUCUAACCUCCUUCGCAAUAAUCCCCAAUGGGGCAGUUUGUCCUCUGACCAACAAAAUGACGCAAACUUGCAACCAGUGCCGCGCUACAGGAGCGAAUUGGUGGGUACGUCAGAUGUGCAGUUACCUUCGGGGGUUUCAGCGACGGCAACAACGAGGGUGGCCUCAUCAUCGAUGACGGAGAAACCGACAUCAGAGAAAAGUACUGUUGUUGGCGACUCGGGGUUGGCGGAGGUGGCAGGAUUGACUGGUGGGGCCCUUGGUGCUGUUGCGGCACCACUUGUUAGCAAAGCAGUUCCGAUGGCACAAUCUGAGGAAAGCAAGGUGGAAACAGUGGGUCCAAGUGAUGCGGGAGAUGGGAUUGAGCCUCCAUACGGUGACUCCUACACGUCGGAAACAACUGCCGCGCGUUGUGUUGUCCACGAUGAAGAGCACGACGAUGAGGAAGAUGAUGAAGAUGAAGGUGAAUAUGAAGAUGAUGAGGAUGAGGAAGAAGAUGAUGAUGAUGAUGAGGAAAAAGCGAUGAUGUUGAUGAUGAUGAUGAUGAGGAAAACGCGAUGA